AUGACCAGACAGCUGUCACAAAGGAAGAGCCAAGCCAUCAGGCUGGUGGAGGGUGUGGAAGGUGAAAAAAUAGGAGUACAGACGCUGCCUGUGAGUGGCACCUUCAAUCCUUACAGACAACUAGACACCCUCAUCUACAGACUGAGUCAACACAUGAGCUUCCAUAGACAGAUAAAAAAAUGGUGUCCCAACUUCACACUCUCUUUUGUCUUUAAGCGUCAUCGGAGAGUCAAACAAAGAGCUAGAGAUGCAGCAUCAAGAGCUAGGAGACUUUCCCGGAAAGAAGCUGAGAAGCCGUGGGAGCUGCUCUCUGUCAUGAGAAGCCAGGACUGGGUUCCUCAGGAGGGGAGUGUGCGGCAGCUCCUGUGUGCAGAUCCCUGCUGCAAAAUCUGCAAUGCCACAGCUCUGGAGAUCCAGCAGUUGAUGGUGGGUGAGAACACUCUAACCUCCCCCAUAUCAAGGGGGCCACCACAAGGCUCCUCUUGCCUAGAGGUUUUGUCCGCAUCUAAUGUGUCUUUUGAGCAGAGUCUGGAGCAUCAUUCCCCACACUCCAAAGACCUUUCACUUCCAUCUGCAACCCUCACAGUGUCACAGAAAUCCUUAAUCCAGUCAGCUGCCCGGUCAGCUAGUACAGUUAGCAUCCACGAUUAUGAUUACUGGGCUGAACACCUCAAGAAAAGGCAGGGAUUUCAAGUGCCAGAUGUGCCCAGGGUCCCAGAGACUAUGUUUUCUUCAAGGCCUGAGGAGCCUAGGGUUUCAGUGAACCUGCAGGAGAUGAUACAGAGCAACCUCAACCUUGUCUAUGGGAACCAAGGCCAGCAGCCCUUGAAUUCUCAGGUCUCUCUUCUGACCCUGAACCGAGAAAUCACUACCCUGACACAUCCUGUGGCCUUGGUCACUGUCCUCCCUGCUCACCUGCCCUUCCUGAGUCCUGAAGUCCUAAGGCUUCUUGAGGUACAUGUGAAGAAACUGAUGCAUUUCCAGAGGUGGGGACUCCCCAGACGUGUAGAAGAGUCCCUGAGGCAGCUUAUGCCAAAUCCACCAUUAUUUUACCAACCUAUACAUAACCAACCAGUUUCUUUCAUCCAGAAUGAUACUUCUCAGUUGUCUGUUGAGAAAUUUGGGACCAUUUCAUACCAGAACUGGGGUUCAUGUAUGGCCGGCCAGCCUACCCAGGCCUUCUGGGUUUCUGAAUGGUCCAUUUUGGAUCCAGAACAAAGAUAUUACUACCAGCAAAUCCCAAAUCAUAUGGCUCUAGCCUUGUCUUCUCCAUCCCUUAAAGAAUUAAGUGGCCUCUGUCUAAUGUCUAGGCAGCAGGCUAAUGACUCAGUGGGCCAUGUGCAGCCAAAAUACAGCCAGCUAUUCUGUGGCCUCCCUUCUCUGCACAGUGAGUCCUUGGUUGACACCUUCUUGGAUUCUCAAGGCCUCUCCAUGAAUGAGACAAUGUCCAAGUCCCCCUUGAAGGAUCCUUUUCUCUUCAAGGAGCUCUCUUUCUUCCCUCUGCUACCUAAAACUCCACACCAGUCAGCUCUGCUCUCUUCUCUGUCUUCCCAAAAUUGGAUUGUUCCAUCUGAUCACCAACAAUCUCAGAUUAAUGUCCCAUUUCUGACUCUGGAUGAGUGUGAAGCCUUGGAGUGGCAUCUGCUGCAGAGGCAGCUCCAGCUUCAGUGGAACUUGCCAGGUGUUUUCCAGAGAGAUCAGCGCACUCAGAGCCCUGUGCAGUAUAAGCCCUGUGACAAAGCCCAGUCUUCUGAGACUGUGAAAACUUCCUGUCCAGAGCAGCCCAGCUCAGACCUCACAAAGGAACUACUCUUCCCACAGCAUGCGAGGAGGCUGCUGGAAUUCCACCUUCAGAGACAGUUGAUUCACCACCGCUGGGGUCUGCCCCAGAAGAUCCAGCAGUCCAUGCAGUUGCUCCUGUCUCCAGCUAACCAGCAGACUGUGUCCUGGAGAAGCUCAGCCCUAGACAGUGUGAAUGUCCCCCAACCUGCAUCUCUAGAGGCCACUGGGGCUGAUGACCCAUUCUCACCAACUGUGGACCUGGUAUCAGAUCCCAUGCCACACUUGUUUGACCAGGCCAAGGCAGUAUUGCAAAGCCAUAUAGACUCCAAGUGUAGGCAGAUUGACCAGGGCAAUGUCCCUUCUUGUGUCUAUAGCUCCUGGGAGUGCAUAAUUCCUGGGCACCUAAAAAAGACUUCCUUCACUUGCAUCCCAGAGAGCAAAUCCCUGGAACUACAGGCAGCAACUGACUUGGACUUAGAGCAAAAAUUUAUAACCUGGAUGCCAGUGGCCCUUGAUCAUCAGCAACAAGCCUCACCAGAUGCUGUCAUUGAACAUUCUAAGCUGCCUCUAGCCCUUUCCAAGGGAACCAUUGAGAAACUGGAGACAACUUUACGGCACAAAUAUCUGGCCUUUUUGUCAGGGCUGCCUGCUCUUUAUUAUGUGGCUCUCUCUAGGGCCAUGGCCCCAGCAGUCACUUCUCAAGCUGUGAUCACAGAGAUGGUGCCUGAGCCUGUUGAACUCCCAGCAGAACCUCUGAUUCAGGUGCCCUCACCUGAGGAGCAAGGACUAAGUUCUGGGCCAGGCUUUCAAGAUGCCAGUGAGGCUUGUGCAGACAUUGCAGAUGAAUCCCAGGCUGAAGUGCAAGUAGAUGGAACAACUGAGACGGUGCCUAUAGAAAGCCAGACAGAGCCUACAAGGCCUUACUCACUUGGGGAGCCCAUCUUGGCCAAAUUAAAUUUCCAUGUGAGAAAGAAGAUCCUAGAGAUACAACUGGGAAUUCCCAUAAAGGCAAGGGAGUCCAGGGAACAAACUGUAGCAAUUCCAGAGAACAUAUGCACACAGGAGGCUCUUGGGAGUCUAAACAACCAAGGCAAAACACUGCUCCAGGAACUCCCCAUUCCACCAGAUAUGCCAUGUGCCCCAGAUCCAGAAUGGCUCCAUUUCAAAGAACAGCUGGCCACUGAGUUGAAGGCAGUUCAUCAGAAACACAAGCAACUUAGUUCUAGUUUAGUACCCCAUGGUGCUGUCCACUGGGCUUCUAAGAUCUCACAACCCAGUGGGGACAUGACAGAAUCCCAGGUGCUCUGUGUUCAGCUGGAGGCCAGUGUGAGCAGUCCUAGCCUAGAGGAACCCUGGAGCCCUGAGCCCCAGAGCCCUGACAAGAAAAAGGACUCAGCCCACAGCCCCACACUGGCAGAAAAGAUAGAAGAGAAAGGCAAACCCAAAUUGUCAGGGGACCAUGGAGAAGGGGAUGCUGGAUUUUCACUCUCUUCCACUAGAGAAAAAAGCCAGUCUGCUGAAGCCCAGAGGCCAGAAGGAAUGCUUUUGAACAGGACACCCUGCAGCCCAUGGCGACGGAGACAUUGCAUUCACCUUGACGCUCCCUGUCAACACAGUCCCCAGCAUCACCCUCAGCUUAAACUCCCAGAACUAUCUCCUAGAGACCCUGGGGGGAAAGGCUCUGAGAAGAAUGACCGGCAAGACAAUCAAACCAAACUCAAUGGCAUCCUCAAACCAGCAAAAGUUUAUAAGAAUGCCCAGCCUAAGGUGCCCCAGGUGUCACAGGGCCAGCCUUUUCUGGGCCAGCUCAUUUUGGAUAAGCCAUUGCAGGGCCAAACUUUACAAGGUCACAUUUUGCAGAGGCAGAUGAUGCCAGGCCAUACUCACAAGAGGCCCAGCCUUCUAGAAUCUGGUUUAAGAAAUAAAAUGAAAUCUUUUCUGCACCGUAUUAACCCCAAGACAAAAGGCAAAGGAAACGAGGAAUCCAUGCCUUCCACAUCCAAGAAAGUGCCCAACACCAGGAAAGAAAAUAUGGAAAAGAACUUGGCUCCAGCCAAAAGUCCCAAGGGUCGAACUAAGACAGAGAAGACAAGAGGAGGCCCCAAGCCCCAGUUUUCCCCCACUGAGAAGCAAGUGGGCCUGGCCUUCUUGGAUGUUUCCCAUUACCCAGACCAUAAGCUCUGGCACCACUCCCAUUCCCAUCAACUCUACUCUGCCUCAGUCCUAGGCAUUCCCCGCCACUGUCCUCGGCACUGUCCUCGAGUGGCUCGUGCCACCCAACCAGGGAACCCCCCCUAACACUCAACUCUCACCUCAGAGGGAAACAUUGGCCUGCUCAAGAAGACCCAGUGCAGUCAGAAGACUUUGUAGUCUUUCCAACAUCUGCAUCCCUUGAAGAGGACUGCUUUUGCCAUUUUCAUUAAUGUGCAGGUGGGCAGAGCACCACCCAAAAUACACUCUCUAUCUCUAA